AUGCUGCCACCGAACAGCCCCUCCCGGAGCCUCGCCCAGGCGGCCGAGAGGAUCGGCGCGGCGCUGAUAGGCACCCCUCUAAACCUCCCCGGCGUCGGCUCGUCCACGGCGGCGGCAGCGGCUCAGGCGCCGACGGCAGAGCGACAGCCUGCCGGCGGCCCAUCCACGAGUACGGAGGAGCCUGCGACCUCGCCGCGCAUCACCGCCGAGGCGCUUGUGGAGAGUCUGGCGGCCGCCGCCGAGGAGGCAGUGCCGCAGACGGGCGACCUCGCAGCGCCCGGUGUGGCGGUCGCUGCGGCCGGCGUCCGCUGGCUGCAGGACACGGUCCCCUUCUGCGGGCUGCUCCUCGUCGUCUUUCUCCAGCAGCACCUGCUGCCCAUCCUCGCCUUCAGCUGGUGCACCUUUGUGCUCCACCACGCCAACGCGCGCGUCCGGCUGUGGCUGCCGCUGCUGCAGGCGCCGCCCGGAGGCGCCGGGGUGCUGCUCGUGGCGGCCGAGAUCGUGACGCAGCUCCUCGCGCUGCUGCUGCUCUGCGGGCGGGACCUCGUCUCGCAGCUCCUCCUCCGCCUCCCGGACUGGGCCCUGAACGGCGCGACCCUCUUCGGAGUGCUGCUCGCCGUCCUCUCCGCCGACGUCGUGGUCCGCUUCGUCGGCAUGCUCCUCAAGCUCGGCAGCACCGCACCUACAGCGGGCGCCACGCCCACGACACGCGCGCUGCUCGCGCUGCGCGGCGCCGCCGGCGUGCGCGCGCCCUGCUCGCUGCGUCGCGCCUUCGCCGUGCUCGAGCUCAGCGGCCUGCUCUACCGCUCGCUGCUGCCCAUCCCUCUCUGGCACGCGUGGCUGGUGCACGCCGUGCGGGGCCGCCUCCUCGCGUCCCUGCUGGCCGGCCUCUACUUGACGCUCAAGCUGACCCAGCUCGUCGAGCGCACGCGCGCCGCCCUCCUCGCCACGCGCUCCCUGCUCACGCAGCAAGUGCUCGUCGGAAAGCACGCCUCCGCCGAGGAGGAGCCGAUGACUGCGCCGGUCGUGCUCGAGGGCUGCUCGCACAUCUUUUGCGAGGAGUGCAUCGUCGCCUGGUGCGAGCGGGCGGGCUCCGACGGAGCAACCUGCCCCCUCUGCCGCCAGCCUGUCCAGCUCGCGACCGGAGUGCACGCAUGCUACGGCGACGGCACAACCAGCUUGCUGCCGCAGGUCUUUUAG